AUGGAUCCUUCUCUUCUCUCGAAACAAAAUCCUGUUCCUUUCUCAUUGAGUGUGAAGGGCUUUGUUGGAAAGUUUUAUAUGGAGUCGCCCUUUCUGACCAUGUAUAACAACAAUUACAACAAUACUCAAAUACCAUUCGGAACUACAUUGGAUUCAUCGACCAUUCCGCAACAACAACCCCAAGAAAUUUAUUCUCAACCCAACAAUAUGCAAUUAUCAUCACUUCAACCACCCAUGAAUUCCGAAAUGGUUCCUCCCGUGCAUAAUAACAUGACGAAUAUUAAUAACAAUAAUUUUGCACAGUCCUCGGAAGGUGGAUCUGAUAUGGGAAAUAAUUUUGGAGAUCCAUCAAAUACCAUUCCCUAUGACAACAACUUUAUGAAUAACAAUAACUUUAUGAGUAAUGACCUGAGCACUACUUAUAUGCCUUCAUGGAAUUAUAACCCCUAUGAUCCAACGAAUUACAUGAUGAACAGUAACAUGAUGUAUGAACAAAUGAUGAUGGAACAACAACUCGCUUUUAAUAAUUAUAUGGAUGAGAUAAAAUUGAAGGCCUCUAUUGCAAAAGAUAAGAACGAUGAAGCAACGUUUAUUUCUUAUGCAUGCUAUGGAGAAUGUAUAAAAUCAUAUAAUUUAAAUCUAGUGAACGAAAUAGAAAAACAAUUACAUCCAUCAUUGGAAUACAAACACUUGUCACAUGGAGAAAUUGAUUGUAUCAAAGAUUGUGUUUCCAAACAAAAGAAAUUGGUUUCGCACGUGCUUAAACGAAUCUAUGCCAAGAUGGCACCAAAUACAAAUUAA